UACUGAGAGUGAAUUUCAUCCAACAUCCAAAUAUCUCGUUAUCCCUAAUGAAAAAAUUGAAGAUUUUCCAGAAAACUAUAUUUGCCCCAAAAUAAAUAGAGACAUGCUCUGUAAAAAAGAACUUGUUCGAGAAAUAAGUGAUUUUUCCGAUGGGCUCGUUCAAACCUUCUUCGAUAAACUGAACAUCGUUACGAGAAAUCCACCAGGAAUACCCGAGUCCAGCACUGAUGACUUAGUUGCUGAUCUUCUUCGUAUCGUUCACCUGAAUAAUUAUCCUUUGAGAAUAGCACAACAGCAAACAAGUGAGCUACAUAUUUUAAAUGAGCCCUAUGUUUCGGCAACUCCCGAUUUUGUGGUUAAAAAAGGAACAACAACUAUGGUUAUUUCGGAAGAUAAAAGUUUACGAAACAUUGACGCUAGAACUGAAUAUGGAGAAACGCAAAUUGCUGGUGAAAUUCUUGCUUGCGGCGAUGAAAAACGCACGUGA